GCCCGCGGCACAUCAUGGCAGCGUCCGACACCUGCUUCUACAUCAACAUCACCAAGGAGGAGAACUCCGCCUUCAUCUUCAAGCAGGAGGAGAAGCAGAAGAAGAAGGGCUUUGCGGGGAGAGGCGCCUACGACGGCCCGUCCCGCCUGCCUGUGCACAGCAUCAUCGCCAGCAUGGGUACAGUAGCCAUGGACCUGCAAAACACGGAGUGCCGCCCCGCUAACAGCAGCAAGCUGGCGCUGCCGGCGGAGAACGGCUACCGGCCCAGCAUCGCGCCCGUCCUCGAGCUGGCCGACACCUCGUCCCUGCUGCCCUGCGACCUGCUCAGCGACCAGUCGGAAGAUGAGAUGACGCAGUCGGACGAGGAGGGGUCGGCGGUUGUGGAGUACGUGAAGGGCUACCCUCCGAACUCUCCCUACAUUGGGAGCUCCCCAACGCUGUGCCACCUUUUACCCGAGAAAGCCCCUUUCUGCUGCCUGCGGCUGGACAAGGGCUGCAAGCACAACAGCUUUGAAGAUGCCAAAGCGUACGGGUUUAAGAACAAACUGAUUAUUGUUUCGGCGGAGACGGCUGGGAACGGACUGUAUAACUUCAUCGUUCCCCUUCGUGCGUACUAUCGCUCCCGCAAAGAGCUGAACCCAAUCGUGUUGCUGCUGGACAACAAGCCCGAGCACCACUUUCUGGAAGCCAUCUGUUGUUUUCCCAUGGUUUACUACAUGGAGGGCACAAUCGACAACCUGGACAGCUUGCUGCAGUGCGGCAUCAUCUACGCCGACAACCUGGUGGUCGUGGACAAGGAGAGCACGAUGAGCGCCGAGGAGGACUACAUGGCGGAUGCAAAGACGAUUGUCAAUGUCCAGACCAUGUUCAGGCUCUUCCCCAGCCUCAGCAUUAUCACGGAGCUGACCCACCCCUCCAACAUGAGGUUCAUGCAGUUCAGAGCAAAGGACAGUUACUCUCUUGCUCUUUCCAAGCUAGAAAAGAAAGAGCGAGAGAACGGCUCCAACCUGGCCUUCAUGUUCCGGCUGCCCUUCGCGGCCGGGAGGGUCUUCAGCAUCAGCAUGCUGGACACACUGCUCUACCAGUCGUUUGUGAAGGACUACAUGAUCACCAUCACGCGGCUGCUGCUGGGUCUCGACACCACGCCAGGCUCCGGCUACCUCUGUGCGAUGAAGAUCACUGAAGACGACCUGUGGAUCCGGACAUACGGCCGCCUCUUCCAGAAGCUCUGCUCCUCUAGCGCGGAGAUUCCCAUCGGGAUUUAUAGGACGGAGUCGCACAUGUUCGCAACCUCCGAG